AUGAAUAACCGCACUUCCUCAAACCAAAACCGACGGUUACAACAACGUCGCCAAGUAAUCCACGUGUCACCAGACGAGACAGCUCUCCGAGUCGUCUGCCACGCGUCGUUAAUCGGCGGCAUAAUCGGAUCAAACGGCCACAUCGUCUCCAACCUCCGCCGCGAGACCUCCACCAAAAUCCACUGCGAGUCUCCGUCCCACGGCUCCGACCACUGGAUCGUGUUCAUCGUCGGCUCAACCGCCGUCAACAAAAGCUUCCUCUUAACGGACAGAGUCGGAGAUUACGUCUCCGGCGGCGGUGGCGGCGGGGGAGAGGAAGGUAAGGGUUGGGUGACUUGCGAGGUCUCCGCUGCUCAGACGGCGUUGAUUAGGGUUUUGGAGAGGUCGUGGGCGGUUUUGGGGAGGAAGGACGGCGGCGGAGCGGUGGAGGAGGAGGGAGAGGCGUAUUGUGGGAUACUUGCUGAUAGGAAUCAGAUUGGUGCUGUGUUGGGGUUGGGUGGGAAGAAUGUUGAGUGGAUGAGGAGAAACUCUGGUGCUAUGAUUAGGGUUUUGCCUCCUCCUAGUUGUGGUGGUAGUAAUGAUGAGUUGAUUCAGAUUACAGGUGAUGUCUUAGCUGUGAAGAAGGCACUUGUUAUGGUAUCAACAUUUCUUCAAAACACUCAACCUCUCAAUGGUUACACACCGCCACUUUGCAGCAAACCUUACGAGCCAUCUACCAACGGAAGCUCAGAGGAUCCGCACUCUGAGUUUUUCCCGAACCUGCGCUCUUCUUCUUCGUUGCCUAAUGCCUCAGAAGCUGCUGCAUUUACUAGUCAUUCACCAUCACGAUAUCAAGAAGGAAACAUUUUUCAGGGCUCCAAAGAUACAGAUAAGAAGGUUGUGUAUAAAAUAAUCUGCACAAGUCUUGCAGCUGGAGGCAUUAUUGGGAAACAAGGAACAAGUAUCAGAGCUCUGCAGAAUGAAACAGGUGCUUCUAUCUCGAUUGGAGCUCCGUUAAAAGUAUCCGGUGAACGUGUUGUUACCAUCUCCGCACGUGAGAGCCUCGAGUCACGGUUCUCUCAGGCACAAAAAGCUCUGGUUCUUGUAUUUACAAGAUCUGUUGAGAUUGAUGUUGGAAAAGGUCUGUUCCCGGGUGCUUUAGUGAAAGCUAAGCUAUUGGUACCGUCACAGUUUGGUAAUGACUUGAUUGGAAACAGAGAAGAUGGUAUUGAUGUACACAUUUCAGUAGGUGACCAGACUCUGGACUGUAUCUCAGAAAAUGAAAUGGUAAUAGAGAUUAUGGGAGAGUAUAGGCAUGUACAGAAGGCGUUGUCUCAUGUUUCUUCUAAAUUAAGGGAGAACCUAUUGCCAAAGAAGGACGUGGAAGAAAUGAGAGCUAGAGUUAGUAAUCAAUACGAAAAUGGAGUAGCAAAUUAUAAUCUGCAACCACCACAACAGAACGCAGUGAGAGGCGAUUCUCUGUCCGUAUCAGAUGGUGAACAAGACGUGAAGAUGGUCAGAAGCGGUACAGAAGUAAUGAAUUGUGACUUGAUGCACACAGAGGCAGUAAAUGAAGUCAACGGCUUUACACCAAGCUUGCUGGAGAAUGACUUGACACAAGGAAUGAAACUUCUUGAACUUUCUAGCAACGGAGACAUCUCUUUUUUACCACCACAACGAAGUAAAGGUGUAUCUUUGAGAUACGUUACAUUGGAGCUAGCUGUGGAGAAGGAUGCUCUUGCUGCACUUAACGGAAGAGAUGGCGGCGGUCUAGAUAAUCUACAACAGAUUUCAGGAGCCAAAGUGGAUGUGAAGGAUGCUCCUACAGAAGUUGAAACGAUGUUGUUACUCUCUGGGAAUCCUGAGCAAGCCCGCACAGCCAUGUCUUUGAUCGUUUCAAUCCUUGCUGAUCAUUGA